AUGCUUUCUGUCUUCAUCCUGUUCCUGGGAACAGCAGUUGCUGACCCUGUGAAGGACAAGAUCAUUAAUGGUCACGAGUGUGGGCCGCACUCUCAGCCCUGGCAGGUCUUCCUCACCUACAGCGGGCACCGCUGGUGUGGGGGCUCUCUCAUCACCCCACAGUGGGUCGUAUCGGCAGCACACUGCUACCAGCCGCCCAGCAUCCUCGUGGCACACCUCGGGGAGCACAGCCUCCAUUACACCGAGGGGACGGAGCAACGCAUCAGGGUGCUGAAAGCCAUCACCCACCCCGGCUACGACCGGGUCAAUCUCAACAAUGACAUUAUGUUGCUCAAACUGGCCUCGCCCGUCACGGUCAACCAAUACGUCAGGCCCAUUGCCCUGCCAACACACUGCCCAUCAGCUGGCACCCAGUGUGUCACCUCUGGGUGGGGGAACCUCGUGACGAAUGGAGUGGUAUAUCCUGAUGUCCUGCAGUGCCUCAACCAGCCAAUCCUUCCGGACGCGGACUGCCGUAAGGCCUACCCACCAUAUUUCACCAACAACAUGUUCUGCGCUGGCUACUGGGAAGGAGGACAGAGCACAUGUCAGGGUGACUCUGGAGGUCCAGUGGUGUGUGAUGGGCAGCUGCAAGGAAUCACCUCCUGGGGCUACGAGUGUGCGAUGAAAAAUCACCCCAGUGUAUUUGUUAAAGUCUGUAACUACAACGGUUGGAUUGAGGAGAUGAUCGCUGCUAAUGCAGUCGUGGCCAGCUGUGUCUGGCACCUCUGGGAAGGCAAAUGGGCUGGUCAGAUCCCACUGCGUUUGGUGUUCCCCGGGCUGUCUGAGCCAGAUGUAGGACACGCUGACUUUUAUUACCAGGGGCAUGGGAGUACAAUGAUGAACAAAAGCUGGGGAAGCCUGUAUCAGAUGCUGGCUCAGUCUCAGCUGGAGAGCUGCGUCCAACUCUGGGGCCCAUCAUUUGUGAAGACAGGAGAAGCUUCCCGAACUGACCAUGACCAGACGGUGAGUGAGAAAUUUUCCGCGAUUAGCACUCGGCCCCUGUUUGUGCAGGGCCUUGGCUGGAAGGGAAUUCCAGGAAGAUCGCAUCAAGGACGGCUCGGAGCUGAUAUUCGUGUGUGCUGCAAGGCGACUCGCCAACUAUUGCGAAUGGCUAGCGGGUCUUCAUCUGCUGCUGCGCUGAAAUCUUCCCAUCGUGUUUACAAUGCCUUUGUGUCUGAGAAACGCGGCUGGGAGAAAAAGCGUGCAGAAAGAGGGAGCGAGAACAUGGAAUUACUGAUUCUUGUACUGCUGUUAGGAGCGGCAGCAGCUGCUGACGAUGAUAAGAUUGUUAAUGGCUCUGACUGUCCCCCACACUCACAACCCUGGCAGGUAUACUUCACAACCGAUGGCUAUCGUUGGUGCGGAGGCUCUGUGAUCAGUGAGUGGUGGGUCCUGUCAGCUGCCCACUGUGCGAAGCCAGCUGACAGCCUGGUGGCUCACAUCGGUGAACACAACACUUACAUCGAAGAAGGCACCGAACAGCAUAUCCAGGCUUCCAAGGUGAUCAGCCACCCCUCCUACGACUACAGGACCACCGACAACGACAUCAUGCUGGUCAAGCUCUCGAAGCCGGUGCAGUUCACUCAGUACGUCCGUCCUAUCAAGCUCUCCAGGACCUGCCCCUCUGCAGGGCUGCAAUGCCUGGUCUCAGGCUGGGGGAACCUCCUCAAUGAUGGAGGAGUCCAGUAUCCAGCUGAUCUCCAGUGCCUUGAUGUCCCAAUAUUGUCUAAAACCUCCUGUCAAAACGCUUACCCAGGCCAGAUCUCAAGAAACAUGUUCUGUGCUGGCUUCCUUGAGGGUGGAAAAGACAGUUGUCAGGGUGACUCCGGAGGUCCUCUGGUAUGCGAUGGGAAGUUGGAAGGAAUCGUUUCCUGGGGAAUUGGCUGUGCCCUGAGGGGCUAUCCUGGUGUCUACACUAAAGUCUGCAACUACCUCACCUGGAUCAGAGAAACCAUGGCAGAACAAUGUCUUCGGAUUUCUCAGCAGCUCAGAUCCCUAAUUCCCAGAACUCUCGUGGAGAAAGUCGACGUCUCUCCAGCUCCUCUCUCCGUCUUUCAGCAAUUGUACACUGGCUAUAAACUCACUCCACAGUGGGGCAACGAGAACUGGACACAGUAUCGCAGGAGAGACCUCAACUACAUUCAGUGUAACCGUGACACGGUUUCCAUAGCCAGAGACUGUACACAUGGUCCCCUCCACCGCACAUUCUGUUGGAAGUAUGGCUGGCUGAAUAUAAUCAUUAAUAAUGCAGGGCUCUGCCAGUUUGAUCAGCAUGAUGUCAUGGUCCAUGGUGUAAUAGUUGUAUUUGUUAUGACUGAAGACGUUGUCGACGCGAAUGAACUGCUCCGUCCCCUCGAACUGGCUCCAGUUGGGAUCUCCCAGUGCGACCACCAUCAUGCUUGGGCUAUCAGAGAGGGCACAAGGGACCAGUCUUUACCAAAAUUUGCUCCGGACUCAACCUCUAAGUUACCACAAGACCUCAGCGAGGCUAAGAACCUCUAUCAGGGGAGCUCCAAUCAUGAUGGUUGGCCUCCAGUUGGCAAAAGCAAGGACCCACUUCCCAACACUGCCUUUACAAUCCCUGAGUCCUACGUUGGCCAUAGUCAGCCAGAUCCUGGAUAUCCCCUGACAAGACACGUUAGCGCGAACACAGACCCUGUUAGAGAAUGCCACAUGAACAGCCUCGUCUCCUUCAGGAUGGCAAGGACUGUUUCAGGUCAAAGAAUCGCUGAGCAAGGCCAGGAAUAUCACAGUCUCAUUCUGAGAUCGUUGCAACAUAUUCCUUCAGAAAUACUGGCUACGACAAUGCUACCAAUCUCAGUUGCAACAAGAUUAAUUCAGAGAGUGUCACUGGUCAGGCAGACGAGAUCAGGGGCAGUUAGGAAGCACGGCCAGCAUGUUAAAGCAUGCAAAGGGAGUUUGCGGUGUGUCGGGAGAGGCCUGGGGUUCGGUGUCGACAGUGCGCGCUCCAGUGGCCACCCAACACGGACAGGUGUCGCCCCCUGUGGGCACCAGGAAGACAUUGCAGGACAGACUCAAUGGCUCCCCCAGGUGCACACGCUCCUUGGGGAUUCGGCAAGGGAAUCUGUUCGGCCCAUCGGGUCAGUGCUGGCCCUGGGAGACCAGUCUGAAACUGAGGCGGCCAUUCCACUCACUCCACGAGCCUCUUCCACAGAUCCAGGCCAUUCGGUCCCCAUCCCAGCUGCUACGCAGGAACAGGAGGAGGCCAUUAACUCUCCCUCCAACCUAGGAAUCAGAGUGAGGAGAUGGUGCAGAGAGUGUGACUCCGAACCGCGCUCCCCGGAGGGCGGGGGAGCAGCCAGCUCCGGGCCCUCAAUUACUGGCGACGGUGGCGUGAACCCAGGAGACGUAGUUGCAGACCUUGGUGUAGACUCCGGGGUGAUUCCGCUCGGCGCAGCCGUAUCCCCAGGAGACGAUCCCCUGGAGCACUCCGUUACAGACCACGGGCCCUCCGGAAUCCCCCUGGAACCGGAACAAGAGGCACCAUCCGUCAUCAGCUCCGAUACAGGGGGGGAUGGGCCAAUCACAGGGCGCCCUAGCCGCGGGCCCCGCCUCCUACACCAUUUCCGCAUGGUCAACCUCCCACAGCCAGGAACCCUAAACCCCGCCCCUGUCGUCACGGAAACAACGCCCCCAGCGCGGCAGCGACAGUGGCACAGGCUCCAGCGGCAGGGGAUAGGCCACGCCCCUAGGUGUGACACUGUGACCCCGCCCCCUCAAACUGGGGUGAAGCCACGCCCCUUUAUGGCGCGAACAACAGAGGCUGAGAGGAAGCCAUGCCCCACGGCCCAGGGUGAGUGGAACCCGUCCCUUACUGUCGGACUUGGUGCUUCCCCAGCCGGAGAUCAGGCAGCUUUCCCCGGCGGUGGCACAGCUGCUCGGCAGAGCGACACUUCCCACGUUCCGGUUGAAUCUGGCGGGUUCGCUCAGUUUGAUCAGCAUGAUGUCGUUGUCCAGAGUGUAGUAGUUAUAUCCAGGGUGCCUGAUGACUCUGGAAGACCGAAUGAACUGCUCGGUCCCUUCAUACUGCGCGAUAUUGUGUUCUCCCAGACGGACCUCGAUUUGACUGGCAAUGAGAUAAAAAUAUCUCGACUGAGAGAGAGAGAUGGGAGACAGGCGGGACAUUCUCAGGAGCCUGUGACUGCAGCUGAACGAUCUGGGACCGCAGGCCGUUUGCCCCGGGGCAGUGAGAAGGGUCUGCGACCCGUUGGGAAAGCAUUCUCGAGUAACGUGGCCAACAAGGUUCGCUCAUUAUCAGAAGGAGCAGAGAAGUCCUUGGGUGGGAGUGAGGCCCAGCUGGACAUUUCCCAGAGGCGGCUGGAAAAACACUUUGAAUUGGACAAAUACACUAGUUGCCUGAAAAGCUCAGCAGGUCACCUCUCAACGUCCUAUGCUUUCGUCUUUCUAGCGUCUCCUAAACUCUCCAUUCCCGGCAACAUCCUAUUGGCCACGUUACUCGCUGAUAACGGGACACCGACAGACUAUAAAGCGGCCCGGGCCGGCCUGCCCUCAGCCACAGCCGGACCAGAAGCAGAGAUGAAGUGCUUUCUGCUCGUCGUGUUCCUCGGCCUUGCUGCCGCUGCCCCAUUGGAUGAUGACAAGAUUGUUGGUGGGUAUGAGUGUGCCAAGCAUUCAGUGCCCUGGAUUGUCUCCCUGAAUGUGGGCUGGCACAUGUGCGGAGGAUCCCUCAUCAGCCCUGACUGGGUAGUCUCUGCUGCUCACUGUUACAAAAGUCAAAUCGAGGUCCGUCUGGGAGAACACAAUAUCGCGCAGUAUGAAGGGACCGAGCAGUUCAUUCGGUCUUCCAGCGUCAUCAGGCACCCUGGAUAUAACUACUACACUCUGGACAACGACAUCAUGCUGAUCAAACUGAGCGAACCCGCCAGAUUCAACCGGAACGUGGGAAGUGUCGCUCUGCCGAGCAGCUGUGCCACCGCCGGGGAAAGCUGCCUGAUCUCCGGCUGGGGAAGCACCAAGUCCGACACGGUUUCAGGGGACGAGCUGCAGUGCCUGGAUGCCCCGGUGCUGAGCGAUGAAGCCUGUCACCACGCCUACCCCGGGAUGAUCACCCAGAGCAUGAUGUGCGUCGGGUACCUGGAGGGAGGCAAGGAUUCCUGCCAGGGGGAUUCCGGAGGGCCCGUGGUCUGUAACGGAGUGCUCCAGGGGAUCGUCUCCUGGGGAUACGGCUGCGCCGAGCGGAAUCACCCCGGAGUCUACACCAAGGUCUGCAACUACGUCUCCUGGGUUCACGCCACCGUCGCCACGACCCCGUCGCCUCCAAACGAACUUCCAUCUUGUAUCGAUGCUACAGAUUCUAGAAAUCUCCAGGCCUGCUCUCGGACCCCAGACACCCUCCGACCCCGCUACAGUGCUCAGGAAGGUAGCAGAUUUCAGCCGAGAGCUUCCCAGAGAAUGAAGCCUGGGAUUGAGGAUGCUGCCAGACCUGCUGAGCUUUUCAGGCAACUAGUGUAUUUGUCCAAUUCAAAGUGUUGUUCCAGCCGCCUCUGGGAAAUGUCCAGCUGGGCCUCACUCCCACCCAAGGACUUCUCUGCUCCUUCUGAUAAUGAGCGAACCUUGUUGGCCACGUUACUCGCUGAUAACAGGGCACCGACAGACUAUAAAGCGGCCCGGGCCGGCCUGCCCUCAGCCACAGCCGGACCAGAAGCGGAGAUGAAGUGCUUUCUGCUCGUCGUGUUCCUCGGCCUUGCUGCCGCUGCCCCGCUGGAUGAUGACAAGAUUGUUGGUGGGUAUGAGUGUGCCAAGCAUUCAGUGCCCUGGAUUGUCUCCCUGAAUGUGGGCUGGCACAUGUGCGGAGGAUCCCUCAUCAGCCCUGACUGGGUAGUCUCUGCUGCUCACUGUUACAAAAGUCAAAUCGAGGUCCGUCUGGGAGAACACAAUAUCGCGCAGUAUGAAGGGACCGAGCAGUUCAUUCGGUCUUCCAGAGUCAUCAGGCACCCUGGAUAUAACUACUACACUCUGGACAACGACAUCAUGCUGAUCAAACUGAGCGAACCCGCCAGAUUCAACCGGAACGUGGGAAGUGUCGCUCUGCCGAGCAGCUGUGCCACCGCCGGGGAAAGCUGCCUGAUCUCCGGCUGGGGAAGCACCAAGUCCGACACGGUUUCAGGGGACGAGCUGCAGUGCCUGGAUGCCCCGGUGCUGAGCGAUGAAGCCUGUCACGACGCCUACCCCGGCAUGAUCACCCAGAGCAUGAUGUGCGUCGGGUACCUGGAGGGAGGCAAGGAUUCCUGCCAGGGGGAUUCCGGAGGGCCCGUGGUCUGUAACGGAGUGCUCCAGGGGAUCGUCUCCUGGGGAUACGGCUGCGCCGAGCGGAAUCACCCCGGAGUCUACACCAAGGUCUGCAGGUACAUCCCCUGGAUUCACGCCACCGUCGCCAGUAAUUGAGGGCCCGGAGCUGGCUGCUCCCCCGCCCUCCGGGGAGCGCGGUUCGGAGUCACACUCUCUGCACCAUCUCCUCACUCUGAUUCCUCUGGACCAGGUCAUGGUUGGAUCAAUAAAAUCCAUCGCA